GGACCAUCUCCCCCCUCUCUCUUGCUGGCUUUCUUCUGAGUGCAAUCCCCCAUUGCAUGAAAAUGGAGCUUCAACAUUUCAGCCAUAAGGACCAUCCACUGAUUCUCAAAGAACUGCAAGAGGAAGAAAGUGGGAGAAUUAUUUGCUAUGGGUGUGAGAAAACAAUCUUCGAGGACUCUAUGUAUAGUUGUGGCCUGUGUGACUACUUCCUCCACAAAAGAUGUGCGGAACUCCCCCAGGAAAUUAACGACCCCCUACACUACCAACACCUUCUCACCCUCUAUGCAUAUUCACCUUAUCCAUCUUCUGUAUGCGCAUGUAAUGCAUGUCGAAAAGUUUUGAAUCGGUUCAACUACUCUUGUAUUUCUUGCCAAUUUAACCUUUGCAUGUCAUGCUUCUUAGAGGAGCGCACAAUUACACACACAAGUCACGAGCACCCAUUAGCUGUCAUAUCUAGACAAGCAUUGUUCUGGUGUAACGCUUGUGGCACAGAAAGUAAAGACUUAUCCUAUAUGUGUCACCCCUGCGGUUUUUGGAUUCACAAGACUUGUGCUUUAUCGCCGAGCACCAUCACUUGUAGUGAUCACCCGCACCCACUUCUCCUCGUUAAGCAGCACUUCAAGUUAACCAAUUUCGACCAAGACUGCGAUUUAUGUGGUGUGUACAUUGACGACGAUUUUUGGGCUUAUUACUGUGGCCCAUGCAGAUAUUUUGUCCAUCUGAAAUGUUUCAGUUUCAGAGGAGGUGAAGAUGAGAAUAUAGUUGUUGAACCUCCCGACUCCAAUGUGAUCCAUUUACCGGUGACAGAUGGUUUCGAAGAUUUCAUAAAAAAAUUUGUUGAGCAGUUGGACCUUGAAGAGAGAGAAAGAGAAACAGAGGUAACAUAUUUUGGCCAUGAGCAUCCACUAACUCUUUCCGAAGUGCAAGGCGACAAUGAGAUAAAAGAAGAAAAAAUAUUAUGCAACGGUUGUGUGCAACCAAUCUCUAGUCUAUUUUAUAGCUGUCGUAGUCAUUGCAAUUACUCUCUUCAUUUAAGUUGUAUCAACUUACCGACGGAGUUGCAACAUCCUAGUCACCUUCAACACCCGCUCUGUUUGUUUAACUACAAGAGGAUCUAUGAUGCCUUUCAGUGCAACUUGUGUCGAGUAUACACCAAUGGAUUGUUCUACAACUGUGAAACAUGUGACUUCUUUCUUGACAUCAAAUGUGCUUGUUUAGCUGAUGAAGCUUAUGCACAUAAAGCCCACAAGCAUCCCUUGUUUCGAAGUGAAGGUUCGGAGUAUAAUUGCAAUGCAUGUAGCUUUAAUUUCUCUGGGAUUAGAUUCGGAUGUGAUAAAUGCAAGUUCUAUAUAUGCACCCGUUGUGUUGUACUCCCACAUAUUAUCAAUCACAGAUGGGACAAACAUCCUCUCACCUUGAACUAUUCUCCUUAUUUUGACCAUCCAGAUGAGUUUCAUUGUGAAUAUUGUGAGGAUGAAAUAAAUCCAAAGUUUUGGAUGUAUCAUUGUCGUGAUUGCGAUCAGUCAUUUCAUACAAGGUGCGUCGAGAAUCUCCGCGCGAACUACAAGCUUGGUGGCACCGUUCAAAUUAUAGAUCACCCUCACCGUCUCAUGUUUCUUAAAAAGAAGAAUCCUUAUUCCAAGUGUUCUAAGUGCAGUGAGGAUAAAAUAUACUUGUUAGAAUGUCUAGAAUGUAAUUAUACGAUCUGCUUAGUUGUGGCGAUAGAUCAUUUAAAUCUUGCUCUUGGUAAAAGUAUUUGCUAUCGGGUGGAAUUUGGAAAUGUAUUAUUAGUUGGAGAAUUGCUUUUUUGUCUACUCACAGUUGUACCAGUACGAAGAAAACAAAAUAGUUCUAAAACAGUAUAA